UCAUAAAAAAAAUUCCCAGCAGCAACGGCAGUGGCUGUAACGUGUUCGGGCGAGCCGGGGACUCCUCGCCCCCUGUUUAUUUUUUAAACAUAGAAUUAAAUAAAUAGUUUUAGUAAGGAAAUCGUUAACGUAUCGUUUUGAGUGAAAACGUUACGUCUUCGGUACGUCGGGGCGCUGCGGUUUAUUAGCUAAAAAAAACAAAGCGGACCCUCAUAACAGUUUAAGCUAGUUUUGUGUGUCUCAGAAAGAGGACACUUUAUGCGAGCAAAUGUUACUCUGAGUCGACUGAAACGUCACCAUAUCAUCAUAAUAAGAUGGAUCUGCGGUUAUUUUUGAUAGCAGUGUUAUCAGCAGUCCUUGGUUGCAGCUGGGCACAGCAAGAGGGAAGCAUAUGCAUCAAGGCAAACGCACAGUCAUGUGGGGAAUGCAUCCAGGUCGCCGAGUCGUGUGGAUGGUGCUCAGACGAAAACUUCCUCGAUGUGGGUGAGUCCAAGUCAGCUCGCUGUGAUGAUCUCGAGUCCCUGAAGAAGAGAAACUGUCCCGCGGCCAGUAUUGAGAACCCACGCGGAAGCAUCACCAUCAAUACGAACAAGCCUGUCACCAACCGCAAUAAGGACGUGACUGAGAAGCUGAAGCCUGAGCAGAUCACCCAGAUCCAGCCCCAGAAAGUCACCCUGACACUCAGAUCUGGUGAGCCCCAGACUUUUGACCUGAAAUUCAAGCGUGCUGAGGACUACCCCAUCGACCUGUACUACCUUAUGGACCUCUCCUACUCGAUGAAAGAUGAUUUGGAAAAUGUCAAGAACCUUGGUACUGACCUCAUGAAGGAAAUGCGAGAGAUUACCUCAGAUUUUAGGAUUGGUUUCGGCUCAUUUGUGGAGAAGACCGUCAUGCCUUACAUCAGCACCACGCCAGCCAGGCUCCUCAACCCCUGCACCGGGAACCAGAACUGUACCAGACCCUUCAGCUAUAAGAACGUCCUGAAGCUGACGGAAAACGGAGACGAGUUCAAUCAGUUGGUCAGCCAGCAGCAGAUCUCAGGGAACCUGGACUCUCCAGAGGGAGGCUUCGAUGCCAUCAUGCAGGUUGCGGUCUGUGAGGAGCAAAUCGGCUGGAGGAACGUGACCCGUCUGCUGGUGUUUUCCACCGAUGCUGGUUUCCACUUUGCCGGUGAUGGGAAACUGGGCGGCAUCGUCCUGCCCAACGAUGGGAAGUGUCACCUGGAGAACAACAUGUACACCAUGAGCCACUACUAUGACUACCCCUCCAUCGCACAUUUGGUGCAGAAACUGAGUGACCACAACAUUCAGACCAUCUUUGCUGUUACUGAGGAAUUCCAGCCUGUUUACAAGGAGUUGAAAAAUCUUAUUCCGAAAUCAGCUGUCGGCACGCUGUCCUCCAACUCCAGCAACGUGAUCAAACUCAUCAUUGAUGCUUACAACUCCUUGUCUUCUGAGAUCAUUCUGGAAAACAGCAGGCUGCCAGAGGGAGUAUCCAUCACCUACAAGUCCAUCUGUAAGAACGGCGUUGAGGGAACAGGGGAGAACGGCAGGAAGUGCUCCAACAUCUCCAUCGGAGAUGAGGUGUUUUUCAAGAUUUCUGUUGAAUCCCAAAAGUGUCCAUCACAUGGCAAGAGUGAGACCAUCAAAAUUAAACCACUUGGCUUCAAUGAAGAAGUGGAGAUAGUUUUGAAAUUCAUCUGCAACUGUCAGUGUGCCGCUGAAGGACAGCCCAACAGCAAGAAAUGCCACGAGGGCAACGGGACCUUCGAGUGUGGAGCCUGCAAGUGUAAUGACGGACGUAUCGGCCGUCUUUGCGAGUGCAGCAAAGACGAUGUGCAGACAGAGGACCUGGAUGCCAACUGCCGGAAAGACAACGGUACGGAUAUCUGCAGCAACAACGGUGACUGUGUCUGCGGCACCUGCGAAUGCAAGAAGCGGGAGAAGAUCGAUGAGGUCUACAGUGGAAAGUACUGCGAGUGUGACAACUUCAACUGUGACCGCUCCAACAACCAGCUCUGCGGAGGACAUGGACGCUGUGAAUGCAGGAAGUGCAUCUGUGAUGCUAACUACACAGGCGGCGCCUGCGACUGCUCCCUCGAUACUUCAACCUGCCUCGCCAAGAACGGGCAGAUCUGCAACGGCCGCGGUACUUGUGAAUGUGGAAUCUGCAAAUGCACCGACCCCAAAUUUCAGGGUCCUACCUGCGAGAACUGUCCCACCUGCCCCGGAGUGUGCACUGAGCACAAGGACUGUGUGCAGUGCCAAGUAUUCAAGUCCGGUGAGAAGAAGGAUACAUGUGAGCAGGAGUGUGGCUACUUCGAUCUGCACAAGGUGAAGGAUCGCAGUAAGCUGCCUCAGCCUACAGACCAGAGCUUCCCACUGACUCACUGCAAAGAGCGAGACGCCAACGACUGCUGGUUCUACUACACCUACGCCAUCAGGAAUCACACCAAGGAGGUCUAUGUGGUGGAGACGCUGGAGUGCCCAACAGGACCUGACAUCAUCCCGAUUGUGGCUGGCGUGGUAGCGGGCAUCGUGCUCAUUGGCCUCGCCCUGCUUCUCAUCUGGAAACUGCUCAUGAUCAUCCAUGACCGCAGAGAGUUUGCGAAGUUCGAGAAGGAGAAGAUGAACGCCAAGUGGGACACGGGUGAGAAUCCAAUCUACAAAAGUGCUGUGACGACUGUCGUCAAUCCAAAGUAUGAGGGUAAAUGAUGGAGCUUUGCCUUCAUUGUGACAACACUGUAUGGAAGAGAAUGUGGGCCGGAUGGACGGGAGGGACGGGUUUUCUAAUGCUCUCACUGUUUGUUUGUCGUUGUAGUCACCAAAUGAUAGCAGUGCAUUUUGCCACUAUUUCAGUGUGUUUUACUCACUUGUUUGUAUUUUCUAUGCAUCAUCUGAAACGUGUACAGUCUGUAUAAAAAUGGGGGGUUUGUUUUAUUUUAUUUCUUUAAUUUUUUUUUUGUCCUGUGCGGAUCUUGAGAGGAUGUGUUGAACUGAUUUGUAGAUUUUCCGCCACGGGACUGGCAAGGUAACGAAAGCCCAGAUGUGCCUUUUUUUUUUUGUUUUAAUACAACCAUCAAACCAUCAGUGUUUUGUUGACCAUUCAGUUGGAUGGUGAUAACGGGCAACAAAUGAAGAGUCCCUCUCCACACUGAACGUGUACAGAAUGUCGAGUGGGUGGCAGUUUGUCAGCCAGUGUUUCAAAAGCACAGGGGGGAUUUAGAAGGUCUUAAGCUUGAUUUGCGGUCUGAGCAAAGGUCUUAUUGUGUCUGGAAUCAUUUCAACUCUUUUUAAGUGUCUCUGGAAUGAAACUCUUCAAAUGUAGCACCGGUCGGUCGAGUGCGGUAGCAAAGAAAUGUGUGUGCAGUGUGUUUUGGUUUCUGUGUUAAGCCAUAUAUGUGUUCACAGAACUGAACUGAACGUGUUUGUAUGUUUUCUCUCUGGGUGACUUAGUACAUCUGAACAAUCAGUUGAAAUGUCUUUGGUCUAGAAAAGCUGUUUUCUUGGGCUGCCUCUCCAGAUUGAAGGACAUUAGUGUACAGUAGUAUUACCGUUUGGCUCCAGGUUUUACUUGCUUAAUUUAAAGCCAACUCAGGGCCUUAAUUCUUCACAGCAAUGCCAAAUACACGUGCAUUUUCCUUAUUUACUAAAUUUGCUUCCAUAGAAAUGCCUUGUUUUAUUUGUAGGACAUGAGUUAGGUAAGGGUUCCACUUUAUUUCCAUGUGUCAGUAAUUCCACACAAAUGUUUUGUGGUGCCUCGAUCAAAAUGUUUUUUUAACUGAAAAGAAACCGUAAAGAUGUCAUUUAGUUAUAAAAAUCAGUGGCAAGGGAACUCUAGAAUUUUAGGUUUCGUAAAGAGAAAAAAGGUUACACCUAUCGUUGUUUUUAAGUGCCUUUUUUAAUUUCAACACAUUCACAAUUGCAAUUCUGUAUUUCUGAAAUUAUUUAUUGAAUAAACAUUGAAAACAAUUUA